CUGGUCUGCAAAGAGACAAAGGAUUUUUUGUUUGAAGGAAACGAAGGCGUUAUGUCGGGACAUAACAUAAAUCCGGGUUUAUGCAUAGAUCCUCCUUCGGGUUUACCAGACUGCCAAGAAACCAAGGCUACGAAGUCCACCACCAGAAAGAGGAAAAGAAAUCAGGUCAAAGACAAACUCAGAACGGAGGCAGAACAAACCGCUUACAAGAAAUUAAAGCAAAUCAUACCAUCUUUGCGUGGAUGCAAACGAGUUACUAAACUCGAAACCAUUCGUCAAGCAUGUUUGUACAUAGAAAAAAUGCAGGAAACGUUGACAAGCAUCCGUGGAUAG